CUUGAAAUUCUGGUUGCAUGACACGUACGCAAGACACUUGUCUCUAUCUUAUACUAGCAAGUGAAGGGUCCCGAGGGCCGGGGCAAGUAUUCUUCUUUCUGUUCCUGACAAGAAACAACAUGGAGAAGUUGCAGAACCGAAGUGAUUUGGAAGUGUCGGUAUGUUACCACGAUUUGUUUAUGUUGACACAUGCGUCGAAACAUUGGCAGGAAAUAGGGGAGAUUUUCUUCUUUUACCGCCCGAAGAUUGACGUGGAGCAUCCACACUCAGCCGGAGAGGUACAGCGUCUUUACAUGGUUCUCCGCCCAGUCGCAGCCGAUAACAGCCUGGAAGUGAAGCAAGAUCCACAUUCGGAGAAUGUGAAGGAGACGCUGGAAGAGUCCAAGGACGCUGUCGAAGGAAAGAAAGAAGCUGACGACAUCCAGCGCACGGUUAAUGUGAAGGGGACACCUAAAGAAGGUGACAGGGAUGGCAACGGAGAUGAGAAGUCUGCCGGGGAGCUACGGGAGGAGAUCAAGGAUGAUAAACCAGGGGAGCAGGGCAUGCAGGAGGUGGAUUUGACAACACGCUUGCUGAUGAGACUGAUAAUAGUAGGACGGAAGGUCUUGCCUGAUCCCGCUGCAAAAGGUCGUCCGGCGUGGAGCUACGUGGACUUGGUCACGACUUCCAUCCAAGCGAUGAAAGACAGCCUUUCGGCUCAUGAAUAUGACACGAAGACUCGCGGGCACCGGGUCCAGCCAGGAGCCCGUCCGGCAGGGGAAGGCGUUUACUGCAUUCUAAAGCACAAGAAUCACACACACCUCAUAUACAAGCUGGACAAACCCAAGGAGGAACACACUGCUCUGCAGGAGGAAUUGAAUCUCGAAAAGGAGGCCUCCUUUAUUAUCUCAGCAAAGAAUCCUAGUGCUGGAGCACCGCCGAAUGCAGGCUUGGGUAACAAGAGAAAAGCAAUGUACCCCGCCAAGCUGCAAGCGCUCAUGGGGUCCUACAGGUUUGUGCCGGUCCAUCCUCCAGAUCUUCUUAAUUACGAAGGCUGUGAGUUCAUCCUCGUACCCGCAUCAGAUGACAUUGACAAGGAGCUGGGAGUGGAGCUACAGCCCGAGGAUUACGACACCAAGCUGUGCGCAGACAUCGCUAAGAUGGUGGAUAUAGAAUCGGAUGUUAUUAGAAAACCACUGUUUCAUGGUGAGUGGGCCUAGAUACAUACCAUCCCCACCACUUUCGCAUCUAGUGGGAUUAGCAGAGAGCAGGCGCUCUUCAUCACUCUGGAGGGCCUUGCUGGAGUGGGGAAGACUGGUAAUCUGAUCAAAGAAACUUUCUUCUCCC